AUGCCAUUCAGAUUCCCAGUUCAAUUCGAACUCCCUAAACACUGUUACGUGAAUGGUAGAGUGAUCAAAGAUCAAUUCAAAAGAUUACAGUAUGCCGAGCAUGAGGUUACCAGAAAUGCAUUAAGAUAUAUUGCCAGAAACACGGAAUUACUGGCUAGGGUUAGAUUGGAGGCACAGUUACAGUUAACAGCUAUGCCUAAAUAUACUUCGUACAGUCAGGUCAAGAAUAGAUGUGUUGCAUCGGGGCAUGCAAAGUCUGUGCUCACCGACUUUAAGCUCAACAGAGUAUGUUUUAUAUCGGGUCAAUAUGACACAGAAAUGUCUUCGUAGUACUUUUUCGGCACCUGGGUGAUGCCUAGAUGGAUCGAAAGUACUGGGAAGAGCUUCUAUGUGUAUACGGACCGAAUCAGUUUGGAUGGCCCAUUUUGGACUCAAGACACCAUAUACUAACAAUUUUAGACGGCUUUCAGAGAAAGAGCCAGAGCAGGGUUAAUUCCUGGUGUUUCAAAGGCUUCUUGGUAA